CUCCCUUACCGGAAGUUCGACCAGCACGUGUAUGGCGGCAGGAAUCAAAACGUAAACAAUAUGCCGACAGGGGACCGAGGCUUGUCUGUACGGCAGUUUCUCCACACAACCGUCUUCUCACAGUGUUACUCUCCAUGUGGGAAGUAUCUUGUGGCUGCCAACAAUUAUGGCCAGAUUGCAGUGUUCAAUUUAUCCUCCAGUCUUUCUCCCGAUGCUGAUGAAGCCUCGUACAAUCCAGUCUUCACAUUCAAGGCAAGCGAGGAUGGAGCUGUAUAUUGCCUUGCCUCCACAAGCAAGCUUCUUAUAAGUGCUGGGGAAGGUGAUAUAUGUGCAUGGAGGUGGGCGGACAUCUUGAAUAAGGCUCCUAAAAUCAUCUGGUCAUUUUCUCUACCCAAAAAAGGAGUGUUUACCAACCCAGAAGUUAACUCCAUAGUGAUGGACCAGCAGGAGGGCAGCCAGAAGCUGAUAGCAGGGUGUGGUGACAACAAUGUGCAUGUAUGGGACAUGGAGUCCGGGAAUCUCGAGCAAACUCUAAGUGGUCAUGAAGACUACGUCCACCAUUUGUGUCUGAAAAACGAGGGGCGGGAAUGUCUGUCUGCAUCAGAGGAUGGAUCUGUCAGAAUAUGGGAUCUGCGAUCGCCCGGCGAGUCUGUUCACAUACUGGAACCUUACAAACAUGAGAUGUGUAGUCGUCCAGAGAUGGGCAGAUGGCUGGGCUGUGUGACACUGGACUCUGGAGAAGACUGGAUGGUGUGUGGUGGAGGGCCGAAGUUGGCGAUGUGGCACAUGAGGUCCCUCCAGCCAACCACAACGUUCAACACACCGGGUGUUUGUCAGACCUUCGCUCGAUUCCAUGAUGACACACUGAUAUCAGGAGGGACUCAGCCAAUGGUGAACCACUGGUUCCUGAACGGUGAGCUGAAGCAGGGGGUGCCGUGUACCCCUACCAGCGUCUUCAGCGUCAACAUCAACCAAAACUCUGACAAGUACAAGGUGCUCAGUGUUGGGGGCAGCAGUGCAAUGAUAGACGUCUGCACCAACUUUGGAUACAAAGCUUUUUCUCUCAAGUUCAAGACAUCAUAGACAAUGUGAACAGGAUGUCUCUCAACAGUUUUACAAGAUGUAAGAAGGAGCAACCACAUCGUGGAAAAACUUGAAAUCGUUAACACAGAUGACCGAUGAUGACAGAAGAUCAAAAUAUGCAGUUCAACAGCCAUGACGUUGAAGAGGCUGAUAUGACUUUUUAUGAUAUUUAACAAGAGACAUCGACAGUGGCUUCAGUCACUACAACCCUAUGUGUGAAAGCCCUGUAGCUCUGCUCAUGGACAUUGCAGAAAAACUCAGAACACUGUUCCAGGUGGCAUUUCUCUCCACUCACUGCUUUGUCCGGGCAAAUGUUGGUUGUAUACAUCAUGAUUCAUUAUCGUACAUGUGAUUGUAAUUUCAUUUUUUUGCCUUUACAUUUAAAACACAUUUUACUGUAAGGA